AUAGUAUGUAUGUAUUUAUGUAUGUAUAUGUAAUGUUUGCUUGUUGCGUGUGUGUUGUCGAGGGCGCGGCGAUACCGAGCGCGGCAUGACGUGGUGGGUGACGUGGGUUUCAGGGCCGGAGGACGUGUCGUUCUCGCGCAUCGGCGGGCUGUCGUGGGAGCAGUGGUCGGCGCGGCUGGCGCUGCCGCUGUGCGGUGGCGUGCGGGGCGGGCGCGAGGCGGCGCGGGAGCCGCGCGACGGCCGCGACGCGUGCUUCGCCUGCCCCGACUGCGGCCGCGGCUACAAGCUCAAGUCGUCGCUGCGCAACCACCAGAAGUGGGAGUGCGGCAAGGAGCCGCAGUUCCAGUGCCCCUACUGCGUCUACCGCGCCAAGCAGAAGAUGCACAUAGCGCGCCACAUGGAGCGCAUGCACCGCGAGCUGCACGUCAAGCCGGAGCCCUACAUCAAGCAGGACAACGUGGACGCGUGCAUGUAGCGUUUGACAGAUUGUGAUAGAUGUGAUGCAAGCCUUGUGAUAGUGGCGCCGGCCGAGGUCGCCGGUGAGGCCGGUGACGCGCUACAUACCUACCGUACGAUUUUUAAACUCAUGACGAAUUACUGUUAGUAUUUGCGCUGAUUGCACUAUUUGCAGCGGUGCUACCGACUGUUGCAUUUAUUCACUAUACGUUAAGAAAAGUGAUUUCGUGUCUAGGUACGCUUUUUUUAUUUUUUUAUAUAUAUAUUUUUUUAUAUGUACAGCAUUUUACUGUAUUUUAUCAUUCUUGGUUUACUCGAGUAGGUAGGCGUUAGUUUCGAUAGACGGAUUUCCUCGCGUAGGAAGCGUAUUUUGUAUUUGUUACCAAUCGCAGUUACUAUUUGCUAAACGAAGGCGACAUCUUUGUGACGGGUCGGCGGAGCCGCCGCACUCCGCCUGCGCUACCCCGCGCUACCCCGCGGUAUCGUCUCGUAUAUCGUAGCCUAGUUUUAAUCGAAAUGAAGCUAUUUUCGCUUAGUUAGCAAGCUCUAGUUCUUUGCCAUAAUGCAUGUUCCAUUAUUUUGUAAUACUCAAAUAAGUUAAUUUUUAAUGGAUUAUUUUUAGAUCUCUUUACGUGUAAUGCAUUUAUAUUAAAUUAAGAACUCAUUUGAAUUAUAUUUUGAUAAUGUAACGCGAACAUUUAGAGAAGCUCUCGAUAGAUAGAUAAGUUCCUCGUGAUGAAGUAUUUAAGUGGAGGUUUCCUCGACUCCGGGACCAAUGCGGUUGUUCAGAGACGUCUCUGCGAGUGCCUUAUGUCGUAGUUGUUGACGUGGACUUGUAAAGUCGAGCCACUGCCAUUCAAAUAUAUAUAUCGAAAUCGUGCACAAAAUGUUUGUUACGUUUGAUGUUGUAAUGAAUCUUCCACGUAGUUACUAUUAAGUAUUUUAUACAUUACCAUUUAGGAAUUAUAAGAAUUAGUCUGUAGUCGGGUAGGCAGAUAUACUCAAUCGAUCAAAAGCCGUUUUAUUUUAUAAUUUUAAAGUUAGAUCGUCAAAAUGUUCCUUAAUAUUGUGUCGUAUCGAGAUUCGAAUGAUGUACGUGUGUAAUUUGGUGCGCGUAGAAACAAACUUGCCAUUGAGUAUUUCUGCAUAUUUACUACAUAAUUAUUAGAUAUCCGUCGGAGUUACCAUCGUACAAUCAAUGUAAAGUUCACAAAGUACAAGGAUGCAAGUCAAUUCAAUAUAAUAAGUGCCUUUGAAACGUUAGUCAUUAGGAUUUAAAACAUUUCAAUGCGAGAAAUUGAAAUAGAUGAAUAUGUAACUUGUUAUCGCUAAAUAUCUAGGUUGUGACAAACAUUCGAGCUAUGACAUUUGUACUAUAACAAAUUCCUGACAAUAAUGAGUAUUACAUAGCUGUGAUAAUGAUACUCUAAAACCUAGUGAUAUAUCACUCGUUGAGUUCUAUGCCAAGUGAAUGCAAAACAAACUUUUCCCACUUAAACAAUAAUGGCUCCCUACAAUAUUUGCGAUACUAGACACAAUGAGAUUGUCAAUAAGAAGUUACAGUGAUUAAAUGCAUUUGAUUGUAUUUUUAUAACCUUUUUGUAUUUUUA